AUGGCUGUCACGCAAGUCAUCAUUGGCUUCUCCCAGCAUAUCCUUUCGAUUAUUUUCAUAGUCGCAGACAUCAUCGCCACCGCAUGCGCGUUUGUCGAAACACUUCUACCUUGGGCCUUUGAUCUCCCCAGCACAACCACCUUUCGCGCAUUCACUGAUCUCUCCGCGAUAACGGUUGCCCCGGACUUUGCUCCGGAUUUUGCCGACACCAUCCCCGAAUAUGCGCAGUAUGCUCGAGUGUCGGCUUUGGUCUGGCUGUUGAGUGCACCGUGCUUGGCCAUCGUGGAAGCAAGGUUGGACUUCUUCAGGUCACCCGUUGGGACGCUGCUUCAUCCUUGGACCAAGAAGAGCAGGCGUGUGGCUUGUGUCAUCAUGGCCGUGCGGAUAUGGCUGCUCCUGGCCACAUAUAAUGCCAUCGUGUCGCAAUUUUUUCAAACUGGAGACCUCCUUCGCUUUGCGGUCACAGUGCCUUUCUGCGUCAUGUCGCUAUGA